AUGGAGUUUCGUCUGAAAACUCGCGGAGCUCUCCUCUGCUUCAUGGUAAUUCUUACUGUAAUGGCGAAAUCCAAUGCUGGGAAAAUUGCAAUUUAUUGGGGUCAAAAUGGGAACGAGGGCACUUUGGCUGACACGUGUGCCACCGGAAACUACCAAAUCGUGAUCUUGGCUUUCCUCUCCGUCUUCGGCAACGGUCAGAAGCCGCAGAUCAACUUGGCCGGCCAUUGCGACCCCUUCAGCAAUGGCUGCACCAAGUUGACCUCCGACGUCAAGUCGUGCCAAGCGAGAGGCAUCAAGGUGAUACUUUCCAUUGGAGGAGGUGUUGGAAGCUACUUUCUCUCAUCUUCCGCGGAUGCUAGAAAGGUUGCAAUCUAUCUAUGGAACAACUUUUUAGGUGGAAAUAUAUCGUCGUCGUCCCGUCCACUCGGCAGUGUUGUGCUCGAUGGCAUCGACUUUGACAUUGAAGGCGGGACAACUCAACAUUGGGAUGAGCUAGCAAGGUUUCUGUCGGAGUUUGGUCAUCGGAGUGGUAAAAAGGUGUACCUCACAGCGGCUCCACAAUGCCCUUUCCCAGAUGCUUGGAUUGGUGGUGCACUGAUGACGACAGGGCUUUUCGACUAUGUAUGGGUUCAAUUCUACAAUAAUGCACCAUGUCAAUUUUCUGGAAAUGGUAGUAAUCUCUUUGAGUCAUGGAAGAAUCAAUGGACUUCUAAAAUUCCUUCGGCCAAAAUAUUCUUGGGGUUACCCGCUGCUCCUCAAGCUGCCGGUAGCGGCUUCAUUCCCGCUGGUAUUUUGAAGUUGGUGGUACUGCCUGUCAUUAAACGUUCACCAAACUACGGUGGUGUUAUGCUAUGGUCAAAGUUUUACGAUGAUCAAAUUCACUAUAGCUCCUCCAUAAAACAUGAUGUAUAAGCCUGAGGAAUAUUACGUGCUGCUUAUUCGUCAACAUCCAUCUUCCUAUCGACUAUUAUCAUUAAAAAUUUGGUAACUUUUAUAUAAAUGUUGUUACUUUC